AUUAACCAAUCAAAAUGAGUGACGUGGUGCUCACAAAGUGCGCCCAGGACCAGUUCUCAGGGAGUGGGCACACAGUGACCACGUCACGCCACCCAUAUAUCACAGACCCCAUCGCCUCCAAGCGCAUCUGCUUCUACAAGAGCGGUGACCCUCAGUUCAGUGGCCUGCGCAUGGUCAUCAACAACCGCACCUUCAAGACUUUCGAUGCCCUCCUAGACAGCCUCUCCAAGAAAGUCCCGCUGCCAUUCGGAGUAAGGAACAUCACCACUCCCCGAGGGGUCCAUGCAGUGCACACACUAGAUGAACUGGAGGAUGGGAAGGCCUACAUCUGCUCUGACCAGCGGAAGGUCAAACCCAUUAACAUGGCAGUAGCCAAUAAGAAGCUACCACCCUGGUACAAUGCCCGCCCCAUGAGCGCCCGGCAUCGGGCCUUGCAGCUGGCCAAACAGAACCCUGGCAGGCCCAUGCACAUAAAUACCCCUGUCAUUGUACGCACACCUAAGAGGUUGAUGGUAUUCCAGAAUGGGGACCCCAGUGUCAAACAUAAUCUGAUGCUACAGAAGAGAACCACUCACACAUUUGAGGCUCUGCUGGAUUACUUGUCCGAGUUGAUGCACUUUCCUGUGGUAAAACUACACACACCAGAUGGAAGAAGGGUGGAUGGGCUCCCAGCUCUGAUUAUAUGCUCUGGGAUUGUAGUAGCUGCUGGUCGCGAGGCCUUUAAAUCUGGGAACUACAAGACACAAAAAUCUUCUGCUUCAACAUGGCUGCCUGCUAGACGAAUGGCAUCUAAAAGACUAAAGCAACCAGCAUCCCGGAAAAAGAAACCUAUAUCUAGCGGCAAAUCAAAACUUUUCUCCCCAUCGUCAGAGAGAUACUUUGUGAAUCAGAUAAACCACUGCAUUGCAGGAAGUGAGUGUGACCUCCCCAGUAACAACGCAGAAUCUGUAGAACUGGAGGCUGGCCAUUUUCUAGAGUCAGUGGCCGAAACAGAUGGCGACUCCUACCAUGGAGAUAGGGGUGAAGGUGCAGUCAACUGCAUGCCCGGUGACGAUGACAUUGAGAAGUCCUUUCGGGUGAACCAGGAUGGCAGCAUGACAGUGGAGAUGAAGGUGCGACUAACCAUCCGGGAGGAAGAAACCAUCCACUGGACCACCACCCUGAGCAGGUCCAGUGUGGCCAACCAGCUCAGUGCGGCUGAGUCUGAGCUGGAGAACAGUUCACCUGAGUCCAACAUCCUACCACCAACACAACCCAACACCAUGGGCACCAUCAAUGGGUACAAUGUUAAAAAGGAUGAUCAUGAUGAUAAGGAUGAUAUGCCUCCAGAGACCAGCAGACUUACCAGUGUGGAAGUAGACAAUGAGGAUGAUGCUACAACACAUGUGGGUGUGGUCUCUCCCAGGAGGGCUCCUACCCCAGGACCCAGGAGAUACAGACAGAAGCAGGCCUCAGUGGAGAGCCUCAAAACAAUGUUGGGAGAUGAGAUUCAGGAGAACAUGGUAGGUUCUAACUCCUACAGAGAGACAACUGAGAACGGAGAGGUAAAGGAGGAAUACCGCAUGGUCAGACAGUGCAGCAGCAAGCCAGUUCCUAAACCAAGAGGAGUUGGAUCUGUGGAUAUCAACAAUUACAAUAAGACUCAAUCGACUUUUAAAUCAGGCAUGGCUGAGAUCUUGCAGAUCCAAAAUGGCGGGGAGGAAGUCAUAGAAAGUGUAAUGCACAUAUACGAGCAGCAGACCUGUCAGGACAAUUUCCUGGCUAACAGCCAGUAUAAUGUCCAGGGUGUGUCCAUAUAUGGGAUGAUGUACGGAAGAACAGCCACCUCUGACACAGCCCACUUGUCCUCCAGUAAUGACUUGGAGCUGGAGCUGGGUAGACCCUCUACGGCCUCAAAGUCAAUCAGCGUGUGGAGGGCUGACCAGUCUCUUUCAUCUGAGUUCACCAUCCCCAAAUUUAAGGCUGGAGGAUCUCUCCUACGCAACAGGGUACUAAAUGUCCAUAAAAGCCCUCUCUCCAUGCCCACCAAAGACAAUGACACCCCAGAGUGGGUCUCUGAAGCAAGCAAAGAAAACUCCACCACUGGUGUAAAGAAAGUCAAGAAAAUGUUCUCAAAGCCCAAAGUCAAAAAGAACCAGGUUCGUAAGGUUACAACACCAGACAAAAGACGUAAAGAGAGUAAUGAAAAUGCUCAUGGAAACAAUAAAAGAGUGAAAACUGGGGGGUUUAGCAGCAAUGUAUCCAUAAGGAAAAUGUAUGGACCAAAACCUGCCAGAAGUCUCAUCAAAAACAAAAAGAAACUAAAAGGAAAGGAAAUCAAGUUAAAUAUUGAAAACCCAAAGGAAUCGGCAGUGAAAGAAUUACACGUUACUGAAAAUAGAAACAAUACUUCAGUUUCAGUAAAGAAGAACGUAUUGCAUGUUACAUUUCCGACGGAGGCCCUGGUGGAGGGAACACUAAAAAGGCAGAGGUCUAUGCACGAGGAGAGAAGGAUUGAUAAAGAUAGUCAUGAUCUGAGCUCUUCUAAUAUCAAUGAAUAUGUUGAGAAUUGGUUAGAGAAAGCCCUCCCAACUGUGUACCCAGACCCAGUGGAGGAAACUCAAAAUGUGGAGACAACAACAAUGUCUCCGGUAGAAACUGAGGGAGACAUUGUUCCAGAUGUAUCAGAAUCCAAUUGUGAAAUGGAUACUGAAGAAGAUGUGCCUUCAUUGUUUAAGGAAAUAACACAAAUAACAAGUAGUCUAUCUUUGGAAACGACUGCAUUUCCAAAUAGAACAUUUGAAAAUAUAGCAACACAGACCAACCUGGCUUUGGAAAACACAACAUUACCAUGUCCUUCUGACCAAUCAUCGCAAAAGACUCCAUUACACAGUGAUACUACACAGGAAAGGUUGCCCAUUAAUCCCUCAGUGGAAAAUACACUUUUCUCCAACGGUCUCUCCGUCUCUCCUACUGCAAUAAUCUUAGUAGAAAAGCCAUCACCAUCUGGCAGUCAUUCAUUGGAAGAAACAUCAAUGCCUAAAAAUAUCUCAGAAGAGAAGCCACCUAUCACAAAUGGUCUGUCAUUGGAAAAUAAAUCAGUACCAAAUAGCUCCUCAAUAGAGAAGACCCCAGUCUCAAACAGUCUCUCGCCUGAGAAGACACAACUGCCUGCUAAAACGCAGAUGGAGAAGGCACCAUUAUCCAACAAAGACUUAGAUGUGUCUUCCAUAGGUAGCAGUCCUUCAUAUUUCAUGUGUUCAUCACCUAGUAGUCUAGGUGAUGAAGAACAACCCUUAUCAAGUAGUCCUUCAUCAGAUAAGGCUCCAUCACCUACUGGCCAUGUAUUUGAAAAGACAACAUUGUUCAACCACUCCACUCUGAAAUCACCACCAUCACCUAAACUCCCAACAAAAAAGGCAAGAUUGGUCAGUAAUCUCACCCUGGAAAAGCAACUAACACUUAGAAAAGCUUCAGCUGAGAAGUCUUCAAUAUCCAGUGAUCCUACUGUGGAAAAGGUGUUGAUGGAUAAGGCACCAAUCUCCAAUGGUCUCUCAUCUGAGAAGCCUGCUAAAACUCGGAUAUCCAACAUUGUCUUAGAUGAGGCUCCCUUAGCUAGUAGUCCCUCAUGUUUCAUGUCGACAUCAUCUACUAGUCUCACGUCAGAUGAAAGACCCAUAUCAACCACUGGCCAUGUUUUGGAAAAAACAACAUUGUUUAACCACUCCACUCUGAAAGGACCAUCAACACCUAAACUCCCAAUGAAGAAGAAGCCAAUACCUCCCAGUCCCACUUUAGUGAAUCACAAAGAGAUGAAUGGGGAUGAUAAGCUGAGCAAUUCAGAUCAGGGAGACAGUACCAAAGUAACAGCAGAGGAGCCCCUAACAAAAACACAGAUACCGUCACCCACAGACAAACUUCCUCCCCAGCCAGAUAUGAAACCUGUGCUAGAGAAGCUCUGUUUCUCAAUUCAGUCAAUUAGACAAAUCACACACAACAACCGUCCAUCUUGUCUUGAAAAGUCAAACAGCUUGCCUGAUUUCUCCUCCCAUGUGGCCUCUACAUUUGGGUCAUCUACUAAAGCUCUCCUUUCUUUCUUAUCUGUUAUUACUUUAAAGGAAAGCUUCACUAACUGGAACAUACCUGAACUGAAUGCAAACAGUGUAAGCUGUACUGAGGCUUUGAAAAUGAUGGAGUCUCUGAGAGAAAUUGCCAAUAUGGAGGGUGCAGAGGAGUUGAAAGCUAGUCUGUCAGAAUUGCAAAAGUCAACUUCCACACAACUGCUUCAAAGUUGGAAGGGUUUCCAGGAACUCAACAGCAAAGUCAGAAGUCGCAGCUCAACACCGAACAGUUCAGAGCACAAUGUCUUGUUUGAAACAUGCCCAGAGAAGGACUACAUCAUUGAAGAAAAGUCAUUGGAUAUCGAUGAGCUAAUACAUGAGCUUGACUUGCCUGGAAAGCUGAUGGAAGCAUUGGCAGCCCUUCCAACCGGGGUGAGCGAAAGCAUGGAGGGGGAUGAAAUAGAAAUGUCUAAAGAAGCGAAUGAAAAAGUGGAGUCAUUCCCAGAGGAAAGGGUAAAUGCCAAAUCAACUGCAGUCCCUAAGGAAGAGGCUUCAAAUGAUAAUGUGCUUAAUAUUGAUGCUAAUGUUGAUGUUAAAUCCAUCGUUAAAAGAUUUAUAAAUAUUUACCAUCCCAAAGAGGUGACUGAAAACAAGAUGUCACCAAUCCCAGAGAGCCAAAGCAGUAGGCAAGAGCAACCCUUCUCCUCAGAAGAACAAAACUUUAAAGAGGAUUUUACUUGCCAUAGAAGCAGACAGGCAGCGAAUAAGGAAGGUUCUGAACUCGAGCAGGACAACUGGGAAGGAGAGGCUAAAUGUAGCGACAAACAGAUUGACCAUGAUAAAGAACAGACAUACUCAGACAUAGAGCAGGCUUACAGUUUAGCAUUGCAUGAUGGCUAUUUGGAACUGCAAGCGUGUCCCUUGGAGACCAAAGUGAAGGAUGGGGACAUACAGUCAAGCUAUGUGGAGGAGGAGGAAAGCUUGGAGGAAGAGCAGGAAUACUAUAUUGAGAAUGCACUUGUGGAGCAGGAGAACAAAUGUAUGGAGCUGCAGGUUAGCUGUAAGGAAAGCUUAGAAAAAGACCAAGCUAGCUCGGAGGAAGAACAGGAAUGUCAUGUUGAGGACCAACUAAGCUAUAUGGUAUCAGAAAAUAGAUGUAUGGAGAAUGAAUGCUUGGAGGAAGAGCAGCAAUGUCACAUAGAGGAUCAGCCAAGUUAUGUGGGGCUGCAGGUUAGCUAUGAGGAAAGAGUAUGCAGCCUCAAGGAGCAGGCUACCUCAGAGGAAGAAUAUGAAUGUCAUAUAGAGGAUCAGCCAAACCAUGAGGAGCCAGAGGUCAAAUGCUUGGCGCUGCAGGAUAGCAGUGAGGACGGAAAGUCGACCCCUGAAGAAGACCAGGCUAUCUCAGAUGAAGAGCUGGAACAUCAUGUUGAGAACCAACCAAACCAUGAAGACACUGAGAUUAAAUGUAUGGAUGCAAAGGUUAGCAGUGAGGAAAGCAUGUCUAAUCUUGAAGAACAGCAGGCUAGCUCAGAGGAAGAGCUGGAAUGUCACAUUGAGAACCAGCCAAGUCAUGAAGAGAAGGGGGUUAAAUGUAUGAAGAUGCAGGUUAGUAGAGAAAAAAUAGAGUUCACCCCUGAAGAAGACAAGGCUAGCUUGGGGGAGGAAGAGGAAAGCCAUGAAGAUGACUUGAGCUAUGCAAAUGCACACAUUAACGUGCAGGAUGAGCAGACUCACUUAUGGGUGGAGCAGACUACUCAAAAAGAAACGGAGUGUACUGUCAGAGAAACACUGUCUAGAUUGUUCAAACAGCAUUCUAUUGCUGACAGGAUGGAUAAGGAUAGUGGGAAGAAUAGUGCGCAGCAUGUUAGCUUCGAACAACAAACUGAUACUGCAGAAGAAGCAAACUUUGAGGAUAAUCAGUGUAGCUCAGAGGAGAAGCGAGUAAGCUAUGAAGAGAAGCUGUCUGGCUCUGAUGUAGAACAUGUUAGUGUAGAGGAUGAGCCAUACCCAGAGGAGGAGUAUCAGGAAACCUUAGAGGAAGAGCCUUCUGAGGAGGAUAAACAUUAUGAAAAGACUGAAGCAAAAACAACCAACUGUUUUGAGGAGCCAUUACCAUCUGUAGCAGAGCGAGUAAAAAUACUGGACAAGAAGAUUGCUGAUAUAAAGCAAGGGAAAAGCAUUACUAUAGCGACAACUGGCAUCAAACCGUUUGGCCAAAUAGAGGUUUCUGCUGUCUCAGGCGGUGAUGAUGCCAAAGAGCAAGACAAAGCUCAUGUGCACACUUUUAAAAGGACAACAUGGCCUAUAAAUACAUCAGAGACUGUAGUCAUGUCCCCCCCAGCUCCACGAUCCUUGUUGGCAUUUAGCUAUGAUGGCUGUAUAACUAGAGAGCCUGACGGAAAUAGGGUCAAGUCAAUAAAGGAAUUGUUUAUAGCAAAAAGCGUUGUGGACAAUCUGUAUGGACAAACAAGACUACCCAGCCCAAACACCUCAGAUCUGUCUGACAACAGACCGGAGACUUCUGGCAGUGGUGGUCAUCAAUCACAGACAUCAACUGAGACGUCCAGUGGUGAGGAUGAUUCAGUGAAGAAAUCCAUCACCAAAUGCGUUGUCAGGAGAACAAUCGAAAGGCUUUAUGGAAAGAAAGAUACCAAUGUCAAAGACCGUGCCCGUGAAAGUCUGCCCCCAUCUCCCCUGAAACCAAAGUCCAGAAAAUGUCCUGGUAAGAUCAGCCUUUCCCCAUUUCAUAAUGCACAGACCAAAGGGAUGUCUGACUUAUCAUACUUCAAUGCCACAAGCUCUGUAGGCACAUACAGUGAUCCAACACGGUAUAUCGCCUUCAAUGCACAGGUCGAGCCUGGAGACUGUUUCCUGAUAGACAAAGACAGGUGGCUCCUCAGAGAGAGCGUGAUCAGAAAGUCUGUCUCAGAGCCUAUUGAUAUCAACAAGAACACAUCUGCAUCAACUGAAGAUGUGUGCAAAAAUACAGAAGAAGACGUCCCUUACUCCCUUUUCGGCCACACUGAUUUCGAGGACAUAGUGAAGUCUGUGAAGCCUUUGGUGCAAAAGUGCACCUAUUUCAACCUGCCUCAUGGCUGUGACUCAGACCCGCACCAGGAUGACCUAAGCCCCGUCAGCAAGGGCAGUGCUAAGGGUGACGUCUCAAAGGACAGUAAAGACAAGACAGAGAAACCAAAACUGUGGGCUGAGAAGAAUGGAAUAGCUUUUGCCCCUACUGACUUCAAGAUGCCAGAUAAUAAAGUGCACCCUCUAAUAGAAGGCCCGGGAGGUGGAAAGGUUGUUGUGGUACAGCCUGGCAAACGUCAGCCUGGCAAAGGUCAGACAGAUGUCAUGAAAAUUCCACAGGAGCCAGAUGCGCUAGAGAUGCUCUACUUCUCCUGUGGCCAGCAUUGCCCCAUCCUGUGACUGUAACACACUUAAAUGUGGACUUUUUUUCUCCACAGGCAGCUUAGAAUCUUACUGAGGCUAUUCAAAGGUACCAGGAGAUGUCAUAUACAGUGCCUAUAGAAAGUCUAUACCCCUUUAACAUUUUUUCAAAUCUUGCUGCCUUAAAAUUCUAUUUUAAAAAGGAUUACAUUAGACCCCCCCCCCCCCCCCUACAGAUCUACACAAUCUUCUCAAAGGAGACACUGGACUGAUCUUAUGGCACAUAUUGUUAGUUGAUCACAUGCUCUAGAAAUGUAUUGUCUGUAAGUAACCCCCUGAUACUUAAUGUUGUAUUGUGUAUUAGCUGUAGUUAAUUUAUCUGUGUAAAUGCAUUUCUCUUGCAUCAUUACAUGGGAGUGAACUCCGAAAGCUCCAGCUUGCAUUUACAAACAUAACUUGCAAUAACAGAUCAACUUUUAUUACAGUAGUUGUAUAUAGAUGUUUAUGACCUUUCUACAUUUCUGGCAGCUGUGAUCUAUUGUUCUGUUGAGUUUCUUCACUUUAUUUUUGUGAUAUGUCAAUUAAACAAAACAGAAUCUA